AUGAAAGCUGUCGAAGUUAGAAUUGAGCAAGUUAUCGUUCCAAGAGUAUUACCAUGUAGUAUAUUUGUUUCAUGGAAAGGAAAAGGUGCAAUUGGAAACUCCGAACCUGUCAAAGUGCGUGAACAAGUUGUAAAAUUCAAUGCUGCUUUCGGAGUCCAAUUUGAAGGAAAUAAGGAAGAAGAUGUAAUCAUUUCUGUCAAUACUAUCAAUAAAAACAAUCAGUUCAUUAAGUUUUCGGAUUCUCAUAUAACAAUCAAUGAAUCUACUUUCCAAAAGGCUUCAAGCUAUGUACAACGCGUCUGCACAUCCUCUAUUGGUGAUUUCAUUGUUGUUGCUGAACUGAAACCCGCAGAAUUUGAAGAAUUUAAACCAAAGCUCACAGUUGACGAAGUAUUGCAAAGAUAUGGUAAUAACAUCAACUCCAUAGUUAUUGAUAGCACAUACACAGAAAAGGAUCCUGAUAAAUACAUCAAAUCAGAUAUUUUAUUGCGAUUAUUAACAAAAUACCCGCGUGACCUAAUUACGCAAAACCAUAUAGAUACCCUUAAUGAAUACCUCGCUAAAUUGCAGCUAAACGACAAGAAAAUCGACUCAAAACACGAAUUAUACGUCAAAGCGAUCAAUUCUCUUCUUGAGAAGGAUUUGCUUUACAUUUCAUCUUCUGGAGAUAUUAAAUCGUACGGAGCUUAUCAUAAUAAGCUGGUUGAGAGAUUUCCUUUAAUUGCCGUCAUAAUUUGCCAAGAAAUCCAAAAGAUGAGGGAACAAACACUCAUAUUCAACUCCAAGGACAUCGACAACAUCAUGAUUGAAGUCUGUUCAAUGUUUUCUUAUUUGAUCGGAAAGAAAGCAACGACAGAGCGCUUACUCUACCUCGCAUGCAACAUCUGCUUCCUCUAUACUUAUCUCAAGACCUCAAUGAACUUGAAAUGCGAUCAAUUAAAUUUAUUUUUGAUUAUGACCUACAAACAAUUACUCUGCUUCAUAUUUGAGCAGAUUACCAACCAGUUGAAUGUUUUCGCUAAUGAUUACAACAAAAUCGCAAGAUGGCAGCGAAAUAUCCAGUCUCUUGCAGAUGAUUUGACGAUUUCGAACGUUCUCUUGAAUGAUGUUUACGGAUACCUUUCCACAUACUUUGACCGCUCUCUUUUCCUCAGUUGGCUCCAAAAUGACCAACUUGAAGUCAAAAAUUUGAAUUCAUUGAAGCAAAUGUUCCCAGGAGAAUGGAUUUAUAUGAAGAACAUUGAGUUCAUUAAGAAUAACCUCAAAAAUGUACUAAAACAAAAGUAUUCCAACGAUCAAAUUUCUCCUUAUUGCCAAGGAUCAGUUUUGGUAUCAAUAAUGAAGAAAUUCGAAAGAUGCAAGUUGGUUUCUUUGACUCCGAAAGACAUUGAAAAGCUUAAUCCUUCAUUAAUACCGAAAAACGGAAUUACACCAACAGAAUUCAUCGAAUCAAUUUCUGACAUCCCAAGUGAUGUAAUCGUCCCAUCAGCUUUACCAAAUAUAAAAGAAUAA